AUGAGCUCCGAAGUCGCGGCCCUCGAGGCAGAAGUAAGAGAGUACAAACUACAACUCGAAACAGUCGCAUUGUCUUUGCAGAACGACCCAGAUAGUACAGAGUUGCAAAGCCUCAGAACAGAACUUGAAGAAGUUAUAGCCCUGACCGAGUCUGCCAUCUCAGAACUAAAGCCUACUCCAGCUUCGUUACCUACCAAGUCUGCGACGCCGCAGGUGAAAGAAAAGUGGUCGCGCGAAAACCAUCCUGCUUACAAGGCUGGUUAUCGACCGCCAGAAGCACAAGCAGAACAGGAAGAGCAGCCAACGCAAAGUACUUUCUCCGUUAACGACACUGUGCUGGCGAGAUGGAAAUCUGGGGACGGCGGGUUUUACAAUGCGAGGAUCACCUCCAUCACAGGUUCUUCCGCCAAUCCUGUUUACAUAGUGCAGUUCAAGAAUUACGGGACGUCAGAGACUUGCUAUUCGAAGGAUAUCCGGCCAUUGUCAAGUGGUGCACAGAAGCGGAAAGCUGAUAACAUGUCAGGCUCGUCUACACCCACAUCAGCCGCCGCAAACCCAAGCGUCAUUUCUGCUGCUUCGACAGUUGAUCCCAACCUAGCACAACAAGCGAAGCGUGAACCCAGCAAAGUCAGCGAUGGUCCAGUAAGACCAGCCAAAAUUCCGAGGAAGGUGAAAGCGAAGAACGAACUAGAAGCGGGCAAGAACAAAUGGCAAGAUUUCGCUGCCAAGUCCAAAAUCAAGCAUGGUAAGAAGGACAGUAUGUUCAGGACUGGAGACGGAGUAUCUGCGAGAGUUGGCUUCACUGGCUCUGGCCAGACCAUGAGAGCCGACCCAAAGAAGAGCCGUCAUAUUUACGAGCAAGAUGGGCCUGACGACUGA